UCAUGCGUCGGUAUAGGUGCAUAUAGUAUAUAUUUGCGCCCCGGUGAACAUGCACUGCUGCAGUGUGCUUUUAUAUGAGUGAACCUGAAAGAAAGAGGGAGAGAAAGAGAGAGAGAGAGAGAGAGAGAGUAUGAUAAUGCAGAGAAGCGCGUUUUCUCAUUUGGCGACGGCGAAGAUAAUGAUGAUCGGCUGUGGAAAACGUACAGCGGAUGCGAGUGCGAGUGAGAGGGAGAGAGACAGUUAUUGGCGAUCGCCGAUGAAUGCGAGAGAAAGAGAGUGCUCGAGCUAUGCGAGAGAAAGAGAGAAAAGAGUGUACGUCGAAAAGGCGAAUAACGAGGAAGGAAAAGAGAGAAAGAGAAAGAUCGGCGCUUCUCCUCCACGAAUGUAUAUAAGUAUACACACAUGCACGCUGUGUGUAUACUGCGUGAAAGAGCGAGUGAGAGAGCUGCAGAGAGAGGGGAAGGGGGACGAGGGAAAAACGAUAUGGAGAACGAGCGCGAGGAGGCGCGCGAGAUGGCGACUGGUGUGUGCUGGCUGUGCGAGAAAAGAAGGAACGAAAAUUGCUCGCGCCGCGCGGGAACCGCUGCCGAGUGACUUGGUGCGAAUCUUGGUGAAGACUGCCCGGGUGAACCCACUGUAAAAACUUCGCUGGAGCCGAGCUUCCUUUUCCGCGAACUUUCGGCUGCCCGCACGAAAGUACCCUCACAUCGUUGUCGUUGUCACUCGACUGGCUCGUGUAUGUGUCUGUGUAUAGGUGCGCCGCCGCCGACGACGACGACGAGGGACAGCGAUCGCCGUAAGUCUUACGCUGGUUCAUGACUCCGUAAACAAAGAAUCCUGCUCAUUUUGCCUGAGAAUCAUCCUCUAGAGUUGUUAUUCGUGAAACACUACCUGAACCGCGGUGUUCUAUGCCGGGAAGCGCCGCGCGCUCUGCAUUGGAGUAACCGUGAGAGGGAGAGAGAGAGAAAGAGAGACAACAAGAAUAGAGUUGGUUCCAAUGCUUCGGAGCCGCGUUUUUUCCGGACCUCCUCGUCGAGAAUCUAUUGUACGGUCUUCCAAAUGCUCUCAUUUACCUACAUUCCAUAGUUACAUUCGAUACGACGGUAGCAAGACGGGAAACCGUGUCUCCGAACGACGUACGUCGAACUCUCCCUCUCUCCGUCUUUCUCUCUCUCUCUCUCUCUCUCUCUCUUUCUCUCUCUCUCUCUCUUUCUUUCUGUCUCGAGUCUCUGACAAAUGUAGGUUAGGUCGAGGCGAACGGUCGCAGUGCGGUGACCCCUCUUUUCAGCGCGUGCUCCAUCGGGCCACCCGCGCGAAAACGAAUAACUGCAUCCGGAAGCAUCAUUUCUUCAUCCCGACUACGUUCGUCCUAAAGUUUGUUUGUUUGAAAAAAAAGAAUUGAUUAGUGAAAAUGGCAACUUUAGCUGAGCAAGCAUCCAAGUUACUGGAUUUUAACCAGAAGUUGGAUAUUACACUUCUCGACAAUAUAGUGGGAUGUAUGUACUCUGGAAUAGGGGAACAACAGCGAGUGGCACAAGAAGUGUUGACUACACUCAAAGAACAUCCAGAAGCAUGGACACGAGUUGAUACAAUUUUAGAAUUUUCACAGAAUCAACAAACAAAAUACUAUGCUUUACAAAUUCUGGAACAAGUUAUAAAAACUCGAUGGAAAGUAUUGCCUCGAAAUCAAUGCGAGGGUAUAAAGAAGUACAUUGUGGGCUUGAUCAUAAAGACAAGCAGUGAUCCUGAAACACUUGAGGCUUCCAAAGUUUAUCUCAAUAAAUUAAAUAUGAUUCUUGUUCAGGUAUUGAAAAGAGAGUGGCCAAGAAACUGGGAGUCAUUCAUUGGGGAUAUCGUGGGUGCCAGUAAAACAAAUGAAAGCCUUUGUCAGAAUAACAUGGCUAUUCUGAAGCUUUUAUCAGAAGAAGUAUUUGACUUCUCAAGUGGACAAAUGACCCAAACAAAGGCAAAGCAUUUAAAGGAUACUAUGUGUAGCGAGUUUUCACAAAUCUUUCAACUGUGUCAAUUUGUCAUGGACAAUUCACAAAACGUUCCACUUGUUGCUGUUACUUUGGAAACUCUUUUGAGAUUUUUAAAUUGGAUUCCGCUUGGAUACAUAUUUGAAACCAAGCUAAUCACCACCUUGAUAUUUAAAUUUCUUAAUGUACCAAUAUUCAGAAAUGUAACAUUGAAGUGCUUGACUGAAAUUGCUGCUGUAACUGUGCCGAACUAUGAUGACAUGUUUGUUGUGUUAUUCGUAAAUACAAUGCAACAGUUAGAACAGAUGUUACCUCUGGAAACUAACAUACGUGAUGCAUAUGCAGUUGGUCAAGAUCAAGAACAAAAUUUCAUCCAAAACCUUGCUAUGUUCUUGUGCACUUAUCUAAAAGAGCAUGGACAGUUAGUGGAAAAGAAACAAUUAAACGACACAUUACUUAAAGCGCUACAUUAUCUUGUGUUGAUUUCUGAGGUAGAAGAAGUAGAAAUUUUCAAAAUAUGUCUGGAAUAUUGGAAUGGACUUGCUUCCGAUUUGUACAGAGAAAAUCCAUUCGUGCCGCCGAUUUUGAUAAAUAAGAAUAUAGCUGUUCCACCAAGAAGACUGUUUUACACUCAAGUUUUGACAAAAGUGCGUUAUAUUAUGAUCAGUAGAAUGGCAAAACCAGAAGAAGUGCUUGUUGUUGAAAAUGAAAAUGGUGAAGUUGUAAGAGAGUUUAUGAAAGAUACUGACUCUAUUAAUCUGUACAAAAACAUGAGAGAAACUUUAGUAUAUCUUACUCAUCUUGAUUACGUUGAUACUGAACGCGUCAUGACUGAGAAACUACAAAACCAAGUGAAUGGUACAGAAUGGUCCUGGAAAAACCUUAACACCUUAUGCUGGGCAAUAGGCAGUAUUUCCGGUGCGAUGCACGAAGAAGAUGAAAAGAGGUUUUUAGUUACAGUUAUCAAAGAUUUACUUGGAUUAUGUGAACAGAAAAAGGGCAAAGAUAAUAAAGCUAUUAUUGCAAGUAACAUUAUGUAUGUUGUUGGUCAGUACCCACGGUUUUUGAGAGCACAUUGGAAGUUCUUGAAAACAGUUGUUAAUAAACUUUUUGAGUUUAUGCACGAAACUCAUGAGGGUGUGCAAGAUAUGGCUUGUGAUACUUUUAUUAAAAUCGCCUUGAAAUGUAGACGUCACUUUGUGACUGUACAACUUGGAGAGGCUAUGCCUUUUAUUGAAGAAAUUUUGUCUACUAUAAGCAGUAUCAUUUGUGAUCUUCAAACGCAGCAGGUGCAUACAUUUUAUGAAGCGGUAGGAUACAUGAUCAAUGCUCAAGUAGAUGCAGUAAUGCAAGAACAUCUGAUAGAAAAAUAUAUGCUUCUGCCUAAUCAAGUUUGGGAUGACAUAAUAAGCCAGGCAGCAAAGAAUGUCGAGGUACUAAAAGAUCAAGAAGCUGUUAAACAGCUAGCCAGUAUUCUCAAAACCAAUGUUAGAGCGUGCAAAGCCCUUGGACAUCCUUAUGUGAUGCAAUUGGGAAGAAUAUAUUUAGAUAUGUUAAACGUGUAUAAGGUAAUGAGUGAAAACAUUAGUGCUGCUAUAGCUUUAAAUGGAGAAAUGGUCAUGAAGCAGCCACUAAUUAAGAGUAUGAGGGUUGUCAAAAAGGAAACGCUUAAAUUAAUAGCUGAUUGGAUCAGCAGGUCUAAUGAUCCUCAAAUGGUUUUAGACAACUUUAUACCACCGUUACUUGAUGCUGUAUUGAUAGAUUAUCAAAAGACAAAUAUUCCGUGUGCCAGGGAGCCCGAAGUGCUCAGUGCAAUGGCAACAAUAGUGGAUACACUUCAAGGUCAUAUCACCAGUGAAGUGCCCAAAAUUUUCGAUGCAGUUUUCAAGUGCACUCUUGACAUGAUUAACAAAGACUUUGAAGAGUUUCCAGAACACAGAACAAACUUUUUCUUGCUGUUACAUGCUGUGAAUGUACAUUGUUUCCCUGCGUGUCUUUCGAUACAACCAGUACAAUUCAAAUUGGUUCUUGAUUCUGUGAUCUGGGCCUUCAAACACACUAUGAGGAAUGUCGCAGAUACUGGUUUACAAAUUUUAUAUCAAUUGUUUAGAAAUAUGGAAAAACAUGAGGAUGCUGCUCAAAGUUUUUAUCAAACAUACUUCACAGACAUUCUUCAACAUAUAUUUAGUGUUGUUACAGAUACGUCACACACAGCUGGUUUGACAAUGCAUGCAACCAUUUUGGCAUACAUGUUCACUCUUGUUGAGUUGGGAAGAAUCAAAGUGCCACUAGGACCUGUACCAGAUAAUACUUUGUACGUUCAAGAAUUUGUGGCAAGGUUGCUGAAAGCAGCAUUCCCUCACUUGACGGACAAUCAAAUUAAGAUUACAGUCCAAGGUCUUUUUAACCUUGAUCAAGAUAUUCCAGCUUUUAAGGAACACUUAAGAGAUUUCCUUGUUCAAAUUAGAGAAUACACCGGGGAAGAUGAUUCUGAUUUGUAUUUGGAAGAACGAGAAUCUGCCCUGCGGAUGGCUCAGGAAGAAAAGAGGCGACAGCAGAUGGCUGUGCCAGGAAUUAUUAAUCCUCAUGAAAUGCCAGAGGAAAUGCAGGACUGAACAAUCCGCCAACAUGCCCUUAUCAAUUUUUUCUGCACAUCAGAACAAAUGACGCUCUGCUGUAGGUACUAUCGUUUUCCUUUGCCUACAACCAAUCCUACCGCCACUAUGAAUACGCGAAUCUACGACACAGGACACACGUUUAUAAAAAGACAAGAAACUGAAAAAAAUGCGACGAGUGUAAAAUAUAACUAUUUGCCCCAUGUUCAGAGGGUAAAACCAAUAAACGCGAUGACUGUUUGUUUAUCUGUUAUAGGAUUUUAAAAUUAAAAAUGGAGUUUUUGUUGUGGGUAAAAAUGUGAAAUGCCUGCUUGGCGAUUCUAUUUCGUGUACUCGUACGGUUGACCAACGUUUCUAGUAUUGAGAUGCUAGUUUACAAUGAAUGCGUUAGGCGAACGAACAUAAUAAAAUAAUUAAGAGUCUAAUGUUAUUCUGUGAGACUAUGAAGAUGUUGAGAAUUUGUAUGAGUGGAAGAGAUAAUUUGACUGUUUGGUAACAAAAUAUGUCAAGUCCCUCAAUUAUGACAUAAAGCAGCUUUAAUGUUGAACUUUUUGUUAUUAAAUAAACACCACUCUGCAAUGCCGAAGUAAAACGUGACAAGUGCAACAGCCAAAUAGCACAUUUUUUUCUUGAUAAAUGUUAGGGAUUAAUCGAUGAUAAAUGUAUCGAGCCGAGAGUGAUUUUUGAAUGUGUAAACGUGAGUGCAAACAACAGAUAAGUAAGAACAACCUAGUACGUCAAAUUGGAUCGCCGUAGCAGGAUUUUAAGCGAUAUAAAUGUGCUAGACGAAUAUGUGUGUUUUUAUCCGAGUGAAGUUGUAUUAUAAUAUUAAUAUUACAGUUACUUAUAUAAACUGCGAGUCUUGUAUUGGCACUUUGUAAAUUAAAAACCAACAAAUGAUUGCAAUUUAUUGCUGGUGUUUUGAGGAAUCCUCUUACCCACGUUCGAUAAAUAGUAAAAUGCUGUUACAAGGCCUUCAGCAUGGAGAAGUACAAUUUUUUUAAAUACACUUAGUUGCUAUAAAAGCAUUUCAUUUUUCACUCAUAUAACUCACGAGUUUCAAGAAAGUAGCCUAAUGUUAUGAUUUCUUAAGAUAAAACCUUUAAACUGAGUUGUGUGCCACUGUUACAAAAUAAUGCUUGAAUUUAUACGCGUAAAUCUGGGACCAUUACGUCGCUCAGUCUAUGUUAUUACUUGAAAAAGAGUAUAAUACCUUCUUCACUCAAGGAAGAGCAUACGUAAUUGUUUUUGCAUUUUAACCUGAAGAAAGUUAAAUUAAAAAUUUUGAAAAAUCAAGAAUUAUUUAUUUUUCGUCUUUUGUUUACUUAACCAGCUGCUAAAUAUUUCAAAUAAUGAAUGAAUAAAUAAAUAAAUAUAGAGAUAUAUAAUUCACGUUAAUUUAUAUUUUUUCAUGCAAUUGGUUUGUACAAAAAAACAAUGUGUGUAAAAAUUCAUAAGAAAACUGGUUUUUCAAAAUUUUAUGUUUGUAUCUUAGUCAAUUUAUUUUCUAAUUCAAAUGUGCAUCGCUGGCGUACGCGUUUGAGGAAACAACCUUAAAGAAAAAUAAACUGCAAAGUGACAAAAAGCAACUGAGAUCCAAAUGAUUUUUGGAGAAAAAGAGCGAAAGAGAGGGUGAGCGAGCAAGAGAGCAUGAGCAGAACGUGUUUUCGAAUGAACAUUAUUGAGUGGGUUAAAGUCUGUAGGUAGACAGGAAUCUAGAAAUAUUUUCUACAAAUAAACACGUGAAUCCUUUUUAUAAAGUCAUAGAAAAUAAUAACGUGAAGUAAGUACCCUUAAUGGAUAUCGCGUCGUCGUAGAGCUCUAUAAGUCGUAUGAGUUGUAUCAAUAAUAAAAGGAUAAAAAUGAAAAAAAAAAUAAUGAAGAAAUUCAAUCAACGAAAAUAUUGCAACAAUUCGUUAAUCGAUGACAAACUGAGAGUUGUAGAGAUGUAGAAGAGAAAACGAACGGACACGAGAGAAAUAAGUGCGUGUGAGAUAUGAGCGAAAGGUAUAAAAGUUAACAAAAAGAUGAUAUUGUAAAUGCGAUUCACAUGUAUGAGACGUUAAAUGUAAAAGAAUUGCGACUACACAUAGGGUAAUUGUAAAAAAUGUUUUUUGGAAAAAUAAAUGUGAUAUCAUAAAUUUGUAAA